AUAUGUGUUACUGAACAUUGGCUCAGAAAGGAGGAAUAUAAGGGCAUGUGCAUUGACGAUUGGUAUGUAGGACAUGCCUUCACAAGGCAAACAUCAAGACAUGGAGGUACAAUGAUACUGAAUGUUCAGAUCAAGCUUUGACACUAGCGAAGACAGCAUAGACUCAGGAUUCGAACUGUCCUUCAAAUCCGAAACAGCAAAUUCAUCAACUGAAUACUACGACGAUAAGAGCGAUUACUUCGAGUACGACUGCGAGUACUCAACCCAAACCAAAAAAGGCCUCCACACACGUCAAGAUAUCCCCGAUCAUUACACGCCGAUCAAAAAAGAACCUCAGAUAAACCAAGCACUUUACAACCACUUCAGCCAUGCCUUCCAAAACGCCAUCGUAGAGCCCAAACGAAAAAUCAUAUAUCAAGAUGUGCCGGUCAACGAUCAAACGCAAAAUUUCGAUCCAACUGAGGAAUCUGCUUUUGUUAACGGUUUGUAUGGAGGCACCGCCGUUACAUCCACACCCACGAAGGAGGCCAGGCCGAGGAAGAGGUACGCCACAGGAAGAAAUAGAGUUUCUAGAGCGCGAAGCCCGUCGCAAGUGCAAAAACUGAAGAGAGUGAGAAGGUUGAAAGCGAAUGAUCGUGAACGAAACAGAAUGCACAUGCUGAACGAGGCGUUGGACAAGCUGCGGUGCGUCUUACCCACCUUUCCUGAAGAUACCAAGCUGACGAAGAUUGAAACGUUGCGCUUCGCCCACAACUACAUCUUCGCCUUAACAGAAACCUUGAAUGACUUCGAUAAGUAUAGUUGCGGUUCCCAGGACAAUGUGAUUGUGAAUGUGGGAAAUGUACAAGUUUCGAUCAACAAAUAUGGAAAUUCGAUAACUUCGAGAAACUUUCCGGGACAGAGUUUAUCUAACGCUGUAGUGACGAGCGGAAGUAUAAUGAACGCGAGUUUUAUGCAAGAUUAUAAUAGUGGUGACCGUUUUCAUGAAGCAAGCCCGAGGAAUUACAAUAAUAAUUGUAAUUACGAAAAUGAUGCAUUUUAUAACGGUUCCUUCAACUACAACGGAAAUAUGAUGUUCUAGUGCCUUAAUGCCCAUUAUGGACUCAAGAAACCAGAGCGAAAAUAGCCUAAAAAUUUUAUUUAUUUUUUUCGACAAUUAUACCAUUAUACCAAAGGAAGGUUGCAAUUCAUAUUUUUUAUUUUACUUGUCUGUACCUACAAUUCAGUGAAUGUUUCUAGUCAUCUACUCAUGUGAUUUAAAAUGUCAAUAACUUUAUUUUUAUAUUUUAUAUUGUAUAGAAAAAUUUAUGAUGAGACUUA